AACCUUCUUUUCUAUAUUCCAUUAUUUUGAAAUAUACUUCGAACACAUUGUCAUUUUUACCACCUAUCAUUAUUAUAUUUUAUGCUAUGUCUUGAAAACAUUGUUUUAUUAUAUUGGCGACGAGUUAAAAAAAAAAUUAAGAUGAACGAUGAACAAUUCGCAUUAUUUUUACAUGCACAACAAAAUCAGCAAGAACAGAUUUUACAAAUCUUGAAGUUGUUGGUACCAGCAGCUUGCAAUACAACAGCCAAGAGCGUGACGAACGACUCUUUUACAAAACAUGAUACGGAUAACAAGAUAAGUAUAAUCAAACAUUUCAAUAUGGAUAAAUACAAUCCAGAUACAUUCAGAAUUGACGAUUACAUUGAUUUUUUCGAAAACAAAUGCAAAAUUCUUGAUAUCGAUAACAGCGACUUACAGAAAGAUUUGCUUCUGAAUUUACUAACACCAGAGAUAUUCCACGAAUUAAAAGUAGCUUUAACGCCUGAUUUCGAUAUAGCUACAUACAGCGAAAUUUGUAACAAAUUAUUAGACCUCUAUCGCAUAAAAACGACGAGGUAUAGAGCCUUAACAGAAUUUUGGAAUUGCACUAGAGAACAAAAUGAAACGAUGGAACACUAUGCAAACAGAUUAAAAGGUCUUAGUCGGGAUUGUGGCUACACUAAUGACUUCCUGGAACGACAAUUACGUGACCGCUUUGCCACUGGAUUGAAUCAUCCAGAUUUAGAAACUGACUUGAAACAAAAAUGGCCUGAUUUAGUUCAAAUGGUAGACGGAAUACCAAGAGAAGUAACCUUCCAACAAAUUUUUACAAUCUCUCAAUCAAGAGAACAAGCAGAACAAGACACACCACGAACAAGUAUUAAAAAAAUAAAUAGGAGCAAAACCAAAACCGUACCAUUACAUCAAAAUACAACACGAAAAUUAAAUCCAAUGCAUUGUUUACGCUGUGGAAAGAAAGAACGGCACAGCCUAUCACAGUGUUCAGCCAAGGACCAUAUUUGUAAAGAAUGUAACACGAAAGCACACUUUGAGAGUUGUUGCAUUAAGUCUGGACGGGCAUACAUCAGCUAUUCAGAAGGGAGCCGAAAAUCAAUUAAAAAAAUAACAAGACCUCAUAAGUCCUCAACAUCAUCAUCAUCAUUUAUCAGUAAUAACGAGGAAGAAAGCGAUGAUGAAGUUAUCUGCAGCGUCUUGGGUACACGUAAGAGAGAAUGCAAACAAAUCGAUGUACGGAUCAAUGACAUACCUUGCACUAUGGAUUGGGACCCCGGCUCUGCGUAUUCAAUUAUAAACACGACAUUGUGGAAAAAAUUAGGAUCACCAUCUUUACAACCCGCCCCGAAACUUAAGGCCUACGGCAACACAAACUUAAAAACAAAGGGAAUUACAAAAGUGACAGUCGAAGUCGACGGACUGCAAAAACUUCUACCUGUGGUCGUAAUGAAAAAUGCCAAACCAAUGUUAUUUGGUUUACAUUGGAGUGAAGUUUUUGAAAUGGAAUUUCCAAAACCAGUAUACUCCAUCAAAACAUCAAUACCGAUUACUCUUAAACAAAUACUGGAUAAACAUUCACAACUCUUUGAUGGAAAACUAGGAAAAGUUAACAAUUAUUACGUAAACAUACAUGUCAAACCAGAAGCUGAACCGAUCCACCUUCCUGCACGGCCUAUAAAAUUCAGCAUGAAAAAGAAUAUAGAAAGGGAGAUAGAUCGUCUGAUCUCAGAAGGGAUAGUGGAAAAAGUAGAUCCUAAUAUUACACCUAUUGAAUGGGCUACACCCACAGUUAACAUUCUGAAAUCUACAGGGGAAGUUAGGAUAUGUGGAGACUACAGAACUACACUUAAUCCAGUACUUAUUAAACAUCCGGAGGAUAGGCGGUAUCAACUCAUUCUCUGGCGUGAAAGCUCAGAUGAGCCCAUAAAAAUUUAUGAACUGAACAGGAACACUUACGGGUUGCGGUCGAGUCCAUAUUUGGCGGUUCGUUCUUUGCGGGAGCUGGCAGUGAGGGAACGGUUGCACUACCCUCGUGCUGCGGACAUUUUGGAACGGGACCUAUAUGUCGAUGACGUAUGUACGGGCGCCGACAGUGUCGAAGAGGCCUUAUCACGCAAGGAUGAACUGAUCCGCCUUUUGAGCAGGGGCGGGUACGAGUUGAGAAAAUGGCUGUCUAACUGUCCUGAGUUGUUGACUGGUUUGCCAACGGAGUUUCAACAGGAUCCCCAUCUUUUCGAGAAUGUCGAUAACCCUAACAUGCUGUCGGUCCUAGGGAUUCAAUAUCGUCCGAUUCAAGACGAAUUUACCUAUCGGGUGGAGUUGGAAAAUCCAAAGGUAUGGUCUAAGCGAACGGUGCUUUCCACAAUUGCUCGAACCUUCGAUCCAAACGGUUGGAUCGCUCCUGUCACUUUUCUCUUAAAGUGCUUCAUGCAGCGACUGUGGUCUGCUAACCUGUCAUGGGACGAGGGGAUUGCUGGUGACCUAUUGAAGGAUUGGUUGAACUUUUUCUCGUCUCUCCCUGAUAUUAACCACGUGUCAAUACCUCGGAAGCUGGUUCCUGCGGGCAAAUACAAGGCGUCUCUCCACGGGUUUUCGGAUGCCUCGGAACGCGGAUUCGCAGCUGCGGUAUACUUGCGAACGGUUUCUUCAACUGGAAGGGUUGAUAUACGGUUGGUGUUAGCUAAGAGUAAGGUCGCUCCGCUUCGGACACGCAUGACGAUUCCGAAGCUCGAGUUGUCUGGUGCCGCUCUGUUGACUAGGUUGUUAAAUCAUUCAGCUACUAGUUUACGGUCGGUUAUUGAUUUAGAAAACACUGUCUAUGCUUGGACAGACAGCCAGAUAGUGUUGUGCUGGUUGAAGGCUUCGGUUCAUACACUUGAAGUUUUCGUGGCCAACCGUGUCUCCCAGAUUCAAGGUUCUGAGGUCCCUCUAACAUGGAGACACGUGCCUGGUGAGCUCAAUCCGGCGGACUGCGCUUCUCGGGGAUGCUUAGCAUCGGAAAUAGUUGAUCAUCAGUUAUGGUGGGGUCCCCAGUGGCUCACCAAGAAAGCUUCUCAGUGGCCUCCCUCUCGCAUAGAAGUCCCUCCAGGUCUCGUGGCUGCACCGGCGCAGUUCGAGGAUCGAGGAGUGAUUCAGGGGUUGGAUUUGGAUCUGCUCAUCAACCGUUAUAGCUCCUUGGACAAGCUGGUUAAGGUUACCGCCUGGAUUUUGAGGUUUAUUCGGAAUUGUCGUUUGUCGGUGUCUCAACGCAAUAUGACACCUGUUGUGUGUCCCAUCGAGCGGAAGAAGGCGCUGCUGAAAUUAAUUGAAGUUGUGCAAGCCACCAGCUUUCAUUCAGAAUUGAAGGCGCUAAGGACUAAGCGCCCUAAGCUUCGUGGAGCUAUCGCUCGUCUUAGCCCCUUUGUAGACGGCCAGGGGCUGAUUCGAGUGGGAGGUAGAUUAAGUAACUCCAAUUUACCUUAUUCGGCGCGCCAUCCUCUUUUACUUCCCAAGAAGAGCCAGUUAGUUGACCUGUUGGUGAUGGAUCGCCACAUCGCAAAUUCGCAUUCCGGUUGCAAUGCGCUGCUGGCAUCCCUCCAGAGGGAAUUUUGGAUUCUGUCAGGGCGUCGUACGGUUCGGAGCGUCCUUUUCCGGUGUUUACCCUGUUAUCGGCUUAAGGCGUCUACGAUGCAGCCUCAGAUGGGAGAUCUGCCUCCAGACAGAGUGAAGAAGAUGAGGCCGUUUUCUGGAGUUGGUACGGACUUCGCUGGGCCCUUCAUGAUCAAGGCUUCACGUUUGCGGAAUGUUAGGUUAAUUAAGGCUUAUCUGUGCGUCUUUGUCUGCCUUUCAACCAAAGCUGUACAUCUUGAAGUUGUUGCCGACCUUACAACUGAAGCCUUUAUUGCGAGCUUGGAUAGAUUUGUGUCCCGUCGAGGCUUACCCGAAUUGAUACGCUCCGAUAACGGAACGAAUUUUGUAGGUGCGGACCGUUACUUGCGGGAUGUAGUAAAUUUCUUGAACAAUAACCAGGUGGAUAUUGAAACGGCCCUCGCUCGUCGCGGUAUUCGGUGGACCUUCAGUCCUCCAGGAUGCCCCCACUGGGGUGGAAUUUUCGAGGCAGUAGUAAAAUCGGCUAAGACUCACUUGAUGCGCGUGAUAGGGCAAACCUCGCUCACCUUUGAGGAGUUAACUACGGUAUUUUGUAAAAUUGAAGCGGUACUUAAUUCACGGCCGUUGUGCCCGCUCAGUUCAGACCCGAAUGACUUGGAGUCGUUAACUCCAGGCCAUUUCUUGAUAGGACAGCCACUCAAUGCGUUGCCGGAGUAUCCCCUCUCGGAUAUCAAGCCUGGACGGUUGAGGCGAUACCAGAUGUUGCAGCAGAUGUCCCAAGAUUUUUGGAAACGUUGGUCCCUUGAGUAUUUACAUCUGCUCCAGCAGCGCUUUAAGUGGACGGAUAGAACCAGUCCCCCUCACGUCGGUGACCUUGUGUUGGUUAAGGAUGCUAACCUGCCGCCACUGCGUUGGCGUAGGGGGCGCAUUGUUAAUCUGUUUCCCGGUAAGGAUGGGACCCCUCGGUCUGCAGAGGUUCUGGUCGGGGACUCGGUUCUCAAACGAGCGGUCACAACGUUGUCCCGGCUGCCAGUUGAUUAGGGACAGGUAGGGGACCUGUCCGGGCGGGUGACUGUUCGAAACCAAUCCGUUAGUUUUUGAAUUCUUACCACGGCAACACGGGUCGCGAUUUGACGGUGCCGUCGCGAUUUGACAUCUGGCACUUUGUCUUGCUUCUCGAACGGGACGGUACCUGUAUAUUGACGGUCUACGCUAAAGUUGUGUAUCAUCGCUAAUCCUUAUCCAUUCCUGCCCCAUACCCUUCUCCCUAAGUGAUACGGCGUGAGAAGACGAAGGCAUCGGUUCCGGUGAGUGAUUGCAUGAUAUUUUGUUAAAAUAGUACACACGGCGCCGCGAAUCGCGGCACAUGUUCGACGCGCACCUCGUGCUGGUUUCCGUAGCCCUAGGCUGCCACGAGGUCGCUGGGUUCGAAUCGAACAAUUUCUUGGUAGCCACCCAGUUCCAAUUUUCGAUCAACUACGCCAAAAUCUCGCAAACGGUAAAUUAUUUUCAAAAAUAGACCUUAAAGACGCAUACUUACAAUUUGAAAUAGCACCGGAUUCGAAAAAGUACUUGACGUUGUCAACACAUAAAGGGUAUUUCCAAUACAAUAGAAUGCCUUUUGGAAUAUCGACUGCUCCUUCAAUUUUCCAACAUUUUCUGGAUCAACUGCUAGGCGAUAUCAGCAAUGUAGCUGUAUAUUUUGACGACAUAGCUAUAGCAGGGAAAGAUCUUUCAGAACAUUUACAAACUUUAUCUAUUGUAUUCGAUCGCUUACAAAACGCUGGCCUAAAAGUUAAUUUAAAGAAAUGUAAUUUCUUACAGAAUCAGAUUGAUACUUAUGAGGCAAGGACGCAUCGUUAUACCUACAGCACUCCGAAAAGCCAUUCUUACAUACCUUCAUCGAGGACAUCCUGGCAUUUCUGCUAUGAAAGCACUUUCACGUUACUAUGUUUGGUGGCCUAACCUUGACGAAGACAUAGAAUUAUUUAUCAAGAAAUGUACCAGAUGCCAACAGAACCGCCCUUGUAAUCCUGAACUUCCUGUAUUUUCCUGGUCCAUACCAGAAGAAGUAUGGGAGAGAAUCCAUAUCGACUUUGCUGGACCGUUCGAAGGAUCGUAUUGAAACACUCCGCACUCGUCCACUGGUAAAUCUCCAGCUGAGAUGAUGUUUGGAAGACAAUUGAAUUGCAUACUUUCCAACAUUCGGCCAGACAAAAGAAGAUUAAUGCAGUAUUUACAAGUAAAAGAAAAUAUUCGUACCACAUCACCGAGUUACCGACCAAGUGACCGAGUAUAUAUUAAAACACGCAAUGAUAAAAUAUGGGAACCAGCGGUAAUUACAUCCCGAAAACAUAAAUAUUCAUAUAUUGUUUCAACACCAGGAGGACUAGAAAAACGAAGACAUGCUGAUCACAUCAGGCCACGCGAGUCCUCCACCUCAGAAACCCCGAGGAAUGAAAGGGCGCAUUCUUCUAUGCUGGCGGCGACUGCUUCUCCAGACAUUGGAAUGGAAACAACAAUUAGCGAAAGGCUAACUAAAAACAAGAAUUCGGCAACAGUACCAUUACCUACACCGCAGUCGCCUGAAUCCGCACAGAUAGGUACCACACCCUGCCUAUUUCUACCAUUAAGCAGUAAUGCGUUUCUGUUUGAAGGGUGGGGCAGUCGUUGCUACUAUACCGAGACUUUAGAAUUUAUAUCUCAAGAUGGGCGGUGGCAUUUACGUUGUAAAUGUCUGUGGGCCCCAGUAACCACUUAACACCAUGUGGGCUGUGAGCUUGUCCACCCACUUAGGAAAUAAAAAAAUUAAAAGUUUUUGAAUGGGCUAAUUUAACAAGUGUCUACGUGGGAAGAGGUACAGAAAGUGCUGGAUCUACUGAUCACACAAGAGUUUAUUAGCAGCAGCCAAGUUAAGAGUCUUUGAUGAGUUUCCAGUUAUUUCCCACUUUGCGAUGGAUGCAAAACUCUCUGACUGGAAUACCGAGAAUUUUUCUACUGAAAACCGUUGAGUUGAAUUACACAGUAAUGUGUCGCAGUAAUGAAAGCUAUUUUGAUUACGAAAACAAAUAUAAAUAAAUCAUCUACUGAGCUC